CUUAACUUCAAGUGAUUAUGUACUUGCUCAGUGCUUAACUUGUGAAUUAUCUUUUUAAUUAGUACUAUUAACAAUAACUUGAACCUUUGGUGGCUUUUCUAUAGUUACGAUAACACUGUUUUACAGAGUAAAAAAUCGCAAACGUUAGGUAUCGUAGUUAAUGUCUUAUGGAUCGUAAUGUCUUAUAAAAAACCAAGCCACCCCAAUGAUUUGUUUCCAAGAGAAAUUGAAAUAGAAAUUUGUUUAAAAACGUUAAAAAUAUAUCAGAAAAUAGAAGGGGAUGUUAACUGCGUUGUAUGGGACGCUUCAUUGGUUCUAGCAAAAUAUUUAGAAAUAAUGUGCCAAUAUAAAUCUGAUUUUCUGAGUGGAUUAAGAGUUCUAGAACUUGGAGCUGGACUUGGAGUUGUUGGUCUAACCGCUGCGACACUUGGAGCUCAAGUUACAAUUACAGACUUACCAGAAGCUCUACCGUUGAUACGAUUGAAUAUCAACGAAAAUAAGUCCAAGAUUGGUAGUAUGGGUGGCUACGCAACUGCAGAAUCACUUAUUUGGGGAGAUCAGUAUUCUGAAAUAUUCAAUGAAGAAUAUGAUUUAAUAGUUUUAGCUGAUUGUAUUUAUUAUGAAGAAGCAAUAGAGCAAUUGCUAAUAACACUUCAGCUUUUAAGUAGAAGUCUGAAAAAAAAGCCGGUGAUUUACUUAACACAAGAAAUUAGAGAUUCUGAGAUACAAAAAAGGCUUUGGAAUUUAUUUUAUGAAAAACUGUCUGAAUCAUUUUCCAUUGAGAAAAUACCAGAAGAAGAGCAGCAUAGUAAUUAUAGAAGUGAAGAUAUAGUUUUAUUAAGAUUGGAAAAAAAGUAAUAUAUCUAGCAUUCCUUGCCUCCCCUACUUUUAAACUGUAAGACAGUAUAUGCAUACAUAUUGUUUAGGUUAUUGUUAAUCAUCUGAGCUAAAUAACUUUCAUCAAAUACACAUGCUGUCCUUAGAAGUUUUAUGGAAAUAAAAAUUAAUAGAAUAAGUGGUGAAAGGCAUAUUCGUGACUCAUAGUGAUCUCGUUUUAAAGACAUAGUCAUAGAUAGCUUCAAACGAAAGCUCUGAAUGUAGCUGUAUUUUAGCUGUACUCUGAACAGUAACAUGCUGAAAUUAAUACUGCAACUGUACUGUAAAUAAACUGACAUAGGAACUGAAUUUUUUAGUUGGUGAUGUUGACUAAAAUGACAUUCCAUUUACCUGAAACUGUAGUGUCAUCUACAAUUAAAGGGAUCGAAAGAGAUACCAAUCAAAUGAAUUCUAGAUUUAUAAUGGAAAUAAAAGUUUACAUAGUACUACUAGUAGUGGUAGUAACUUCUAUAUGGUGGACGCAUUAACACCUCCCAACUAAUCUCUCAUAUACUGUUUC